AGGGGAGGAGAAAAGAUUGCUGCGUGGCCAAACCCUCGGGGGCUAUGGGUAGGGGCGUGAUUUCCCACGUUCUAUCUCUUUGCCGCUCUCUCGCAAGAGCACGCGCCCUGCGACAAAAGCCUUACAAGACUUAAAAAAAAAAAAAAAAAAAAAAAGAACCGAGAGGCCUUGUUCCAAGAGAAACUCUAAAAACUUACUAAACGCUGGCUCCGGAAGGCUACUAACAGAGAGACAACCUACUUGAGUUUCUUCACAGGCUAAGGCGCUAUCAUUCCGAAAGAACUUCUCCCUCUAGGGAGGCCGAGCAAGGAAUCCAGGACAGGAAACCAAGGAAAACACUAAAGCCAAAUCCCACUCGGUUUCUGCCCCCACCUGCUCUGCAAAAAUCGGACUUGCCCAGCAGCCCCUCAGGGUCAGCCAGGAGGACCUGGGCAUGCGCAGAAAGCAAAGGGAACGACGGCACGGGAACUAACUCAGAGCAGACGUCAUUCGAGAACGCGGGCUCCGCCCUUCUCAAGAUGGCGCUGCGCUCAAUGCGGAAGGCGCGAGGGUGCUGGCGCUUCAUCCGGGCACUUCAUAAAGGACCCGCAGCUGCUUCCGCUCCUCAGAAAGACAGCACAAAGCGAGUAUUUUCUGGCAUUCAGCCUACAGGAACCCCCCACCUGGGCAAUUACCUGGGAGCCAUUGAGAGCUGGGUGAGGCUGCAGGAGGAGUAUGGCUCUGUGCUGUACAGCAUCGUGGACCUCCACUCCAUCACUGUCCCCCAAAACCCAGCUCUCCUCCACCAGAGCAUCCUGGACAUGACGGCUGCUCUACUCGCCUGUGGCAUAGACCCAGAGAAGAGCAUUCUUUUUCAGCAAUCCCAGGUUCCUGAACACACACAAUUAAGUUGGAUCCUUACCUGCAUGGUCAGACUACCUCGAUUACAACAUUUACACCAGUGGAAGACAAAGUCAGCCAAGCAGAAGCAAGAUGGGACCGCAGGCCUGCUCACAUACCCAGUGCUCCAGGCAGCUGACAUUCUGUUGUACAAGUCCACACACGUUCCUGUCGGGGAGGAUCAAGUCCAGCACAUGGAACUAGUUCAGGAUCUAGCACAAGGUUUCAACAAGAAGUAUGGGGAGUUCUUUCCGGUGCCCAAGUCCAUUCUAACACCCAUGAAGAAGGUAAAAUCCCUCCGUGACCCUUCUGCCAAAAUGUCAAAAUCAGACCCUGACAAACUGGCCACCAUCCGGAUAACAGACACUCCAGAGGAGAUUGUGCAAAAAUUCCGUAAGGCUGUGACAGACUUCACCUCGGAGGUCACCUAUGACCCUGUCCACCGAGAAGGCGUGUCCAACAUGGUCGCGAUCCACGCAGCUGUAUCUGGACUCUCCGUGGAGGAAGUGGUCCGCCACAGUGCUGGCAUCGACACUGCUCGCUACAAGCUGCUGGUGGCAGAGGCUGUGAUUGAGAAAUUUGCACCAAUUAAGAGUGAAAUUGAAAAACUGAAGAUGGAUAAGGACCAUUUAGAGAGUGUGUUACAAGUUGGGUCAGCAAAAGCCAAAGAAUUAGCACAUCCUGUGUGCCAAGAAGUGAAGAAAUUGGUAGGGUUUCUAUAGGCUGUUUGGAUAAUCACACACAAAAAAGCUUUUGUACCUUACAUUCUGUGCACUCCAAAAAAGGUAGCUUUUUUCUUAUAAGCAAAAAAUUAAAGUUUUGGGACUGGCAGAGACAUAAUGGUUAAGGCUUUGAACUCCCACAAUGUUCGACUGUGGUUCAAAUCCCAUACCCAGUGGCUUGUUUUCUCACUGCCCCCCACCUCUCUCUGCCUCUCUCUGGUCAAAUUAAAAAUAAUAAUAAAUAAAAUUAAAUAAAUAAUUCAAAAGAAGUGAAAUUUACUUUUAAAAAUUAUAGCAGAGAGGCAUUUAAUUUGGUGUAGCUGGCUACUGGCUUGGAUGACUAGUGCUCUGUAGCCUUCAGAUAAAGUGCUGUGACCAGGAAAGAUAAAAUAAAGAAGCAUAACUGCCUUGAUCCCCAUUAUCUGAGGCAUACUCCCUGUCCAGAUUUUAUCUACACAGCUGCGAUUGAGGUGAGCAGUAAUUUUGGAAGUGGGAUAUCAUUUGUGCUUCUCCCUGGAGUACUAACAGGUGGUCCCUUUGUCUACAUCAACCCUUUUAAAAAGCAACUCUCAGGCGCUGGCAUUGGAUAAUGAUACUGCCUGGGAAAGAUCCCCGGUUUGCAUCCCAGGACAUCCUUGAGCAUACCAGGGCCACGUGCGUGCCUGUGAUCCAGGCCGGCUGAGACUAGGGAAGGACCAUGGAGUGCAGACCCUGUUGGAUGUGUCUGAUUCUCUCUCUCUUUCUCUCUACUCCCCUCUCUCUUGGAAGAAAUGAAUAAACUUUUUUUUAAUAAAAGCAAUACACAGAGGUCUUAGAUUUAUUAUCCUUGAGAUGCCAUUUAAUCCAAUUUGUAUUCGGAUCUCAUAAAAAUAAGUCCGUUAUUAUAGCUCAUUUGUCAUUGAGAUGGUGCCUGCCUGCACAUGUUGAAGUUGCUCAACCUGUUUCCCAAGGGACCACACUGAAAUUUCCAGCAAAUUUUAAAGAGAUACAGGAUACUGACUUCUGAAAAGGCCACAUUAUUUCACCUUGAUUGAUUUAUUGUACAAGAGCCCACAUCCUUGAAUUAUGCUUUUAAUAAGCUUUUCCUUGCAUUCAUCUGAGUUUAGUCCCACCAGCCCCCUGUGAAAUAGAUAGGAAAGGAAUGGCCAUUUCACAUAGGAAAGUGAGGCUCAGUGAGUU